AUGGCGCGGCCGGCGGCCGGCGGGGUGCUCAUGAGCCAGGCGGUGCAGCCGGCGCACGCCGACGCCCGCGGGGAGCUGAGCGCCGGGCAGCUGCUCAAGUGGAUCGACAGCACCGCCUGCAUGGCGGCUGAGAAACAUGCUGGGGUUUCCUGUGUUACGGCCUCCGUGGAUGACAUACAAUUCAAGGAGAAAGCGAGAGUUGGACAAGUUAUAACCAUCCAAGCAAAAGUCACUAGAGCAUUCAGCACAAGCAUGGAGAUCAGUAUCAAGGUCACAGUACAGGACGUGUUCACUGGCAUGGAGAAACUUGUUAGUGUGGCUUUCUCUACAUUUGUAGCCAAACCUGUCGGAAAAGAAAAGAUUCAUUUAAAACCGGUCACACUUCUAACUGAAAAAGAUCAUAUGGAACAUAAUCUGGCUUCAGAGAGAAGGAAAGUUCGAUUACAGCAUGAAGAUACCUUUAACAAUUUAAUGAAGGAAAGUAGCAAGUUUUAUGAUCCCAUAUGUGAUGAAGAGGAAGGAACGGUCUCCACGGAGGGCACCUCUGUUCAGAGCAUUGAGCUUGUUCUCCCACCCCAUGCAAACCAUCAUGGAAAUACAUUCGGUGGCCAGAUUAUGGCUUGGAUGGAGACAGUGGCUACUAUUUCUGCAAGCCGCUUGUGCCGGGCUCACCCCUUUCUGAAGUCUGUGGAUAUGUUUAAGUUCCGGGGACCCUCUACAGUUGGAGACCGUCUUGUCUUCAAUGCCAUUGUCAACAAUACAUUUCAGACCUGUGUGGAAGUUGGGGUGCGCGUGGAGGCCUUUGACUGUCGGGAGUGGUCUGAGGGCCGUGGCCGUCACAUCAACAGUGCUUUUCUCAUUUAUAACGCUGUCGAUGACAGAGAAGAGCUCAUCACGUUUCCCAGAAUCAAACCCGUUUCACAGGAUGAUUUUAGGCGCUAUCGGGGAGCUAUUGCACGCAAGAGAAUUCGCCUGGGCAGAAAAUAUGUUAUUUCCCACAAAGAAGAAGUUCCACUUUGCAUACACUGGGAUAUAAGCAAACAGGCAUCCUUGAUUAAUGGCAACUUGGAGGCUCUGAAAAAGCUGGCAGACAAAAGGGGUUGGGAGGUUACCAGUGCUGUGGAGAAGAUAAAAAUAUAUACCCUGGAAGAACAUGAUGUUUUAUCUAUUUGGGUUGAAAAGCACGUGGAAAGCCCAGCACACUUGGCUUAUCAUCUCUUGUCUGACUUUACAAAGCGACCUUUGUGGGACCCCCAUUUCGUGUCCUGUGAAGUCAUAGACUGCGUGAGUGAAGAUGAUCAGAUAUAUUACAUCACCUGUCCUAUAGUGAACAGCGACAGACCCAAGGACGUGGUAGCCCUUGUAUCACGAAGAAAGUCUCUCAAAGACAAUAACGCUUAUAUGGUGGCCGUGAAGUCGGUCAUUCUGCCAUCAGUCCCACCGUCUCCACAGUACAUCAGAAGUGAAAUCAUAUGUGCUGGGUUUCUCAUCCAUGCUACUGACAGCAGUUCAUGCACCGUAUCUUACUUUAACCAAAUUUCUGCUAGCAUCCUUCCUUUCUUUGCCGGAAAUCUUGGUGGCUGGUCAAAAUCCAUUGAAGAAACAGCAGCCUCUUGUAUACGAUUCAUAGAGAAUGCUACUGAUGAUGGGUUUAUAAGCACAUUUUAA